AUGUCGGCGUCUCUGACAGGCUCCAGGGUCGCACAGCCCGUGAAGGAGGCUGCUCGCGGCAAGGUCGUUGCGCGUGCGGGCCCCCCGCCGGCGUGGCCGGGGCGCUGCGUCGUCCCUGAGUUGACGAAGAAGACCGACGGGCCGAAGAAGAUCUCCCUCCUGGGCUCGACGGGCUCCAUCGGGACGCAGACGCUCGACAUCGUCGCCGAGCACCCGGACCGCUUCGAGGUCACCGCCCUCGCCGCGGGGUCGAACGUGGAGCUCCUCGCAGAGCAAGUCAAGCAGUUCCGGCCCGCGCUGGUCGCGAUUCAGAACGAGUCCAAGCUCGAUGAGCUCCGCGAGGCGCUCUCCGGGCUCGACUACAAGCCGGAGAUCAUGACCGGCGCGGCGGGCGCGGUGGAGGUCGCGCGGCACGCCCCCUGCGAGGCCGUCGUGACGGGCAUCGUGGGGUGCGCGGGCCUGCAGCCGACGAUGGCCGCGAUCGAGGCCGGCAAGGACAUCUGCCUCGCCAACAAGGAGACGCUCAUCGCCGGCGGACCCGCCGUGCUGCCCGCCGCCGCUAAGGCCGGGGUCAAGAUCCUGCCCGCGGACUCCGAGCACUCGGCCAUCUUCCAGUGCAUCCAGGGGCUCCCCGAGGACGGCCUCCGGCGCAUCAUCUUGACGGCGAGCGGCGGGGCGUUCCGCGACUGGCCGGUGGAGAAGCUGAAGGAGGUCACUGUUGCCGACGCGCUCAAGCAUCCAAACUGGUCGAUGGGCAAGAAGAUCACGGUCGACUCGGCGACGCUCAUGAACAAGGGCCUCGAGGUCAUCGAGGCGCACUACCUGUACGGCACGGACUACGACAACAUCGAGAUCGUCAUCCACCCACAGUCGAUUAUCCACAGCAUGGUCGAGACCGCGGAUUCCUCCGUCAUCGCGCAGCUCGGGUGGCCCGACAUGCGCCUCCCGAUCCUGUACACGCUCUCGUGGCCCGAGCGCCUCAACACGAGCGAGGAGACGUGGCCGCGGCUGGAUUUCAUCAAAAUGGGGGACCUGACGUUCAAGGAGCCUGACCACGCGAAGUACCCGUCGAUGGAGCUGGCGUACGCGGCGGGGCGCGCGGGGGGCACGAUGACGGGCGUGCUGUCGGCCGCGAACGAGCAGGCCGUGGAGAUGUUUAUCGACGAGAAGCUGUCGUAUCUGGAGAUCAUGCAGGUGGUGGAGGCCGCGUGCGACGCGCACCGCGGGGGGGACUUCAAGGAGACGCCGACGCUCGAGGAGAUCGUCGAGGCCGACCUCUGGGCGCGGCGGUUCGUCGCCGAGCGCGUCAACGCCAACGUGGCCGCGUAG